AAAAUUAUAAAUAAAGGUCCCGAAGAAACCUGACCUUUUCAACUGCCAAUUUCUUUAGAAUUUCUAAGCAAGCUGACAAAAACUGCUUCUUCUUGAUGUUGUCUUUGCUGGUUCUCUGAUAUUUCUUUUUUUUUCAGCAUUUUCCCAACCGAAAUUUCAUUAAAAAUAAGAACCCGACGAAACUGUAUCCUCGGAGUUUCAGACCCAAUUACCAAACAGAAACGUAUUUUUUCAGGUGUUUUUUUCUUUUGGCGUGCUCUGGUGGUAAUGGAAUUGGUCGGUUUCAACAUCUGCUUUUGUUGGCAACUUUCUUAUUUUGAUUUUCUGUGUUUUUGUUUUUUUGGGUACCCAUAUGGGAUGGUCAGAUCACAUAGAAUUCUUAAGAACGGAGAUUUUUGGAUGCUAUGAAGGAAGAACCUUUACUGCAGUUGCUUGAUUUCUUGGAUACCCGAAUAGGGAUUUGCCUUCCAUAGCCCGGAAUGGAACAAUUCCGGCACAUUGGAGAGGUACUUGGAAGUUUGAAGGCUCUCAUGGUAUUGCAUGACGAUAUUGAAUUCAAUCAAUCUCAGUGCCGCUUGCUGCUUGAUAUUUUCUGUUUGGCAUUUGACACGAUCGCGGGGGAGAUCAAGCAGAACCUGAAGUUGGAAGAGAAGAAUAGGAAAUGGAAAGCUCUUGAGCAGCCUUUGAGAGAGCUCAACAGAGUUUUCAAAGAAGGAGAGCUCUAUAUCAAGCAUUGCUUGGAUUCCAAGGAUUGGUGGGGAAAAGCAAUCAGUGUCCAUCAGAACAAGGACAUUGUUGAAUAUCACAUCCACAACUUGUUCUGCUACUUCCCGGCCGUAAUUGAGGCCAUUGAGAAUGCUGGAGAGAUAGCAGGACUUGAUGAGGAUGAGAUGCAAAAGAGGAGAGUCGUGCUCAUGAGGAAAUAUGAUAAGGUUUGGAAUGAUCCUAAACUCUUCCAAUGGAAAUUUGGGAAGCAGUACUUGAUCCCUAGAGAAAUUUGCAACCGGUUGGAUGGUGCUUGGAGGGAAGAUAGAUGGAGGCUAAUUGAAAUACUAAAGGAGAAGAGAAGUUCGGUGUCUGCUUCAUUGACAAAAAAUGAGCUUCAGCUUUGCAACUUACUGCUUGAGAAACUAAAUGGGUCAGAGCAAUUUAAGGGGAAACUCUUUCCAAGUUCCAUUUUAUUAGGAGCAAAGGAUUACCAAGUGAGGCGCCGGUUAGGAGGGGGAAGUCAGUACAAGGAAAUUCAAUGGUUGGGGGAAAGUUUUGUUUUAAGGCACUUCUAUGGAGAGAUUGAGCCUCUGAAACCUGAGAUUUCCUCUCUCCUAUCUCUUUCCCAUCCCAACAUAUUGCAAUACCUUUGUGGCUUUUAUGAUGAGGAGAAGAAGGAGUGCUUACUUAUUAAGGAGUUGAUGAACAAGGACCUUCGCUCCUACAUGAAGGAGAACCGUGGCUUAAGGAGACAGAUUCUAUUCUCUAUCCCGGUAGUCGUUGACAUCAUGCUUCAGAUUGCAAGAGGCAUGGAGUAUCUCCACUCUCGGAGGAUCUAUCAUGGAGAUAUGAACCCUUCUAACAUCCUUCUCAAAGCGAGGAAUCACACAGAAGGUUAUUUUCAAGCAAAAGUCGCUGGUUUUGGUCUAUCAUCAAUCACGAAUUCUACUUCUCGAAAUGCAACAAAACAAAACACCGAACAGAAUACGGAAAACCCUUUUAUUUGGUAUGCACCUGAAGUUCUGGCUGAGCAAGAAAAGCCUGGAAGUGCUUGCACUUCCAAGUACACUGAGAAAGCAGAUGUCUACAGCUUUGGGAUGCUUUGCUUUGAGCUCUUGACAGGGAAGGUUCCUUUUGAAGACAGCCAUCUUCAAGGAGAGAAGAUGAGCCGAAAUAUAAGGUCAGGGGAGAGGCCUCUCUUUACAUUGCCUUCACCUAAAUACCUAGUGAACUUGACCAAAAAAUGCUGGCAAACUGACCCAACACAGCGCCCAAGCUUCUCAUCCAUCUGUAGGAUUUUACGCUCCAUUAAGAAAUUCCUGGCCAUGAGCCCUGACAAUGGUCAACCUGAACUGCAGUUACCUUCUGUAGACUACUGUGACAUAGAGGCCUUGUUCAAAAAAAAGUUUUCUGCAGAAGGUGGUGGUGAGUUAGCCCCAGUAUCUCAAAUUCCAUUUCAAUUGUUCGCAUAUAAACUUACGGAGAAGGAUAAGACUUGUAUGAGCAUCAAGGAUAAGUGCAGUGAUCCGGCAAAUGAUGUAGCCUCAACUCACAGAGAAGAUGAAGUAUCCGUGUUGGAUGAUCAAUUGGUUCCGGCCAGCGAUGCAGGCUCAGUUUCUUUUGAUGUGUUGUCAUUUUGUUCUGAGACACCAAUUAAGAAAGUAGUAGCAAGAAAGAAAUAUCCAGAAUCGAAGACGAGAAAAGUCCCAGGAACACCAAAAUCUCAGACACCAAGACGUUCACCAGCACAAUUGCCAUUGAGAAAAUGUGCUCACAGUUUGAAGACGAACAGAGGGAGUAAGUCACCAUUGGUUAUGAGCCCCUUGCACCCAAGUAUAGGAAGGAGUUCUGGCCCAGAAUCUAGGAUAAUGUAGUGACCUCACCAUACUGCAAUAGGGAUGUCGGUGUUCCAUAGAAAUUUUGUCCGAAGCCUGGGAUUCUCAUCAUAAUUUCACACAUUUAUGUCACUCUUUGUUCUACGUGAGAGAGAAUAUAUGGUUCGGUUUGAAAGGUUAGAGACAGCGAAACUUUCAUGCUUGGCUGCAUCAUGUAAUACCUAUAGAAGUUUCUCUUGUUAUAGGCCUUCAUAGUUUUACUGAGUAGCUAAAUUUUGUGAUUUAUAUUUUCUGCCUAUUAU